UUAAGUGUGUGUCAACAUCGGAGGCAAAUCAUUAAAUACAGAGCUCAUCAGUUGUGUUGGACACAUCUGAGGAAGAGACAUCACAAGGAUCAACAAAGAUUGCCUUAAAAGCUGACCAUGCAGUGGACGAAAGAACUAAGCGGUUUGGUCCUGACAAUUGAUGGCAUCACACUGAUCGUAGGCCUUCCGGCGAAUCUGCUGGCUCUCUACACCUUCAUUCAAAAGGUGAAGCAGCGAGCCACACCCAUCGACGUGCUCUUGCUCAGCCUCACAAUCUCGGACCUGAUCUUCCUGUUCUUUCUUCCGUUCCGCAUGAAAGAGGCCGCCGACAUGAAAUGGACCAUGAGCUACUUCCUCUGUCCACUUUCAGGAUUCUUUUUCUACACAUCGAUUUACAACAGCACUUUCCUUUUAACAGCUAUAAGUGUGGAGCGCUAUUUGGGAGUGGCCUUUCCAAUCAAAUACAAACUGAAGCGUCAACCUCGAUAUGCCGUGAUCGCAAGCAUCAUAUUCUGGGUGGUUUCCAUGGCACAUUGCAGUAUCGUGUACAUCAUGCAGUACCACAGGCACAGUAAUGCGUCUCUCACUCUACCGUUCGAGAAGGAGGUCUGCUAUGACGAAUUUAGCAAAGAGCAGUUGUCGAUCCUUUUGCCUGUCCGCUUGGAAUUGUUUGCUGUGCUGUUCUGCACUCCUUUUAUCAUCUGCUGUUUCUGCUACAUCAGAUUCAUCCACAUUCUUUCCCGCUUACCUAACAUCAAGCCUAAGAAGCGCUCCAGGGCCAUUGGGCUUGCCCUAGCCACCCUCCUGGUCUUCAUCAUCUGCUUCAUGCCGUAUAACGUGUCCCAUGUUGUAGGUUUUAUCGGAUGGUACAGUCCUGACUGGAGAAUAUACGCACUCCUCUCCAGCACAUUUAAUGCCUGUUUGGACCCCCUGAUUUUUUAUUUCUCCUCUUCAGCACUCCGGGGGACUUUAAAACAACUGCUACGAGGACCAAGACAUCAGAUGCACACUUCCUACCGCCGGAGAUUUGCCAAAUGCCCACAGUUAAACUGUACUGCAACCGAAGAAAGUACACAGAGUUCCAAUGACUCUACUGUGUAGAACCACAAAAUCUGUAACCGCACAAGGCAUUAAUGGUUCUAAGGGUUGAACAACUGUUACAUUUUACAAGUUAACCAAUAAUUAAAAAAAGUAGAUUACAAAUGCUAAUAAACAACAGCAAAGAAAGUAACAAAAGAAAAUUUCCAGCUUAUUCUAUACAACUAACAACAAAAUUGAAACUAAUAAGUGCCUUAAAAUGACACAAUUUUAGGACGUUCUAUUCCCUACAAUGCAUUGAAUGCCUUGAAUGUGGCAUUGAAUGUGGACGACAUGGUGGCUGAACCGAAAGUGUGCAGCAUAGAAGCUCGUGUCUAUCCACAGAGAUGUACUAAAUGCUCAGUGAGUGGACUUCUAUAGCUAGAGAACGGUAAUGUGUACAGCGAUGUCUAGGAAAAGCUGAUAAUGACCCAGGAACUGAAACACCAUUGACUUCAGCUCUGGCUUCACUAAUGUCUGAAAAUAUUAACCCACACUUUUUUGCCCACUUGCGUUUUUGGACAAUUUCCUCUUACUCAUAUCAAUCCGAUGUCCAUCGUUAGAGAUCAAUCCAAAGCACUUGGUCUUUACUGCAAUCAUAGUGGAGGCCUUACUGUAAAUACCCAAACAGCAUGAUGGGAAAUGUGAAAUAUACCAUUUGUUAGUGUGUGGUUCUUUUUUUUUUUGGUAGCAUUUUUGUGGACAAAUAAAGUAGAAUGUGAUGAAAAGUGAAUGUAAUGUGAAUGUUCUUGUAAUGUAAAUGUGAAUGUUGUUUCAACGUUAUACUUUCUCCAAAACUCUUCCAUACAGUAUGUGUCAUUUGGAUGUGUAAAAAAAGUUAUUCAUACAGCGUGAUUUAACUUAUGUUGUAGUGUCAUAAGUGUCUAUUGAGUGUUAACAUUGUAUUAAUCACGCUGUAUAUACUGUACAGAUGGAUAAAACUCAAGGCUAGAAAAAAAAGCAUUCAUUCAUCCUGGUUGAGGAUGAAUGAAUGCUGUUUUAUAUAAAUAUAUGUCUGCUUUAUUGUAAAAUCAAUAUUGUAAUCUAGUGAUGAAUAAAUAAUUACAUAUAAAUCUAUAGACGUAUAAAUGUAUGAUGAAACAAUUUAAUCAACAUGACCUGACCUGCUGAGUUAAGCUUCUUUUAAUUGUUUUUUAAUGGUGCAAUUUUUUUUUUUAAAUUGAUAACAAUACAUAUUGUAAACUUGUUCUCGGUUGAAGUAUGGCUAUAAUAUAAUUAUGGCAUACUCUAUGUCUAGAAGGUUUGGAGUUUAAAUCAGAGCCCUGAGUAAAAACCUUUAGGGAGAAUGUGAUUAAGUAAAAAUUUGUGACACUGUAAAUAAGGAACAUAUUUAAAAUGUAUUCAGUUUGACUCUAUGACUGUAAAUGAUAAAGCUGAUGUAUUAAUGUAGAAUGAGGUUGGUAAUGACUCAUGAAAAUGAUGGAAAAUGCACUGGUUAUUGUACUGUGGUAGGGCUAUGUGAAGAGGAAGUAGAAGUAGUAAUAAUAAUAGCAAUUAUAAUAAUAAUAA